AAAACAUUUCUUUUAACUUCCUCUUCCAUCUUCAUGUACUUCCUCCUCAAUUCCAACGGCCAACGCUUAGUUCUCUCUUUGUCAAAAAAGAAAGAAACCAUAAACAGUUGUUUUACAGGAAGCUGGACAACAAGUUACAAGAAAUCUCAAUCUAAUCAAUUUUCAAAGGUGGUGAUGCUGUUAUUUUGAUGCUAAAUCUGCAGUGGGGAAGAAAUUGAUGCAGAGAUGAUGUUGGUCUGCGUAACAUAAUUUCGGCACUAGAACUUCAGUGAUAUUAUUUCAGUGAUUGUACUUGACCGAAUUGAUAAAGGGUUUGAGCUUGCAACACAAGAAGGUUAUUAGCCUCAACAUCCAUCACUGCCUAGAGGUUAGCUUGUCUGUUCCGUACAACUACUAGCCAGCAUGGCGGCCGUUGCCCAGCUUCGGUUUUCUCCUCAGUCAAACCCACACGACCUCGCUGGAAACUCUCAGUUCUCAACUCGAACUUCUUCUCGUCUUCCAUCACUCCCUCUUUCUAGUCCAUCUAAUAUCUCAUUCAACUCUCGUUCUCCUGCUAAUCUAUCACUAUCUUUACUGCAAUCCAAAUCUUCAAAGCCCAAAUUCUCUGUAAAUGCAGAACUAUCCGCGGACACUGGUGGCAGUAGUGGUAGUGGGAUUGGUAAUCACAACAGAGGAGGAGAUGGAAACAAUGGUGGAGGAGGGGACUCUGGUCGACGCAAUAAUGAUGGUGAUGGCAAUUCAGACAACCAAUCUUCUGCAUCUAGUUUUGGAAUUUUAGGGCUUUUACUGAAUGGUUGGAGAUCCAGGGUUGCUGCCGAUCCACAAUUCCCGUUUAAGGUUUUAAUGGAAGAAAUUGUAGGUGUGAGUGCAUGUGUUCUUGGUGAUAUGGCAUCUCGCCCUAAUUUUGGGCUUAACGAGCUGGAUUUUGUUUUCUCAACUCUUGUUGUCGGAUCAAUUCUGAAUUUCGUUCUGAUGUAUCUGUUAGCCCCAACAAUGGGUUCAGCAUCUUCAUCUCUUCCUGCCAUCUUUGCUAGCUGUCCACAGAGCCAUAUGUUUGAACCCGGGAUGUUUACUCUUCUCGAUCGAUUUGGGACUUUUGUUUACAAAGGAGCUGUUUUUGCUGCGGUUGGGUUUGCCGCUGGACUUGUUGGAACUGCUAUUUCGAAUGGAUUGAUUCUAACGAGAAAGAAGAUGGAUCCUAAUUUUGAGACACCAAACAAGCCUCCACCUACACUUUUGAAUGCAAUGACUUGGGCGACUCAUAUGGGUUUGAGCAGUAACUUUAGGUAUCAAACUCUCAACGGGAUCGAAUUUUUGUUAGCGAAGGGUCUCCCUCCAGUUGUGUUUAAGGGCUCAGUUGUCGUCUUGAGGUGUAUGAAUAAUGUUCUUGGAGGAGUUUCUUUUGUGACUUUGGCAAGGUUGACGGGAUCUCAAAAGGUCGAAGGGAAGCCAGUUGUUAGCAUAAAAGAAGGCGUGGAGGAAGAAACAGGAAUUGCCGAAGAAAAGGUUAACUUGGUGGAAGAGAAAUGAAUUGUAAGUGAGUUACAUUGAUCAAGUGAAUCUCUAAUCCAGCAAGCUUUGUGAUGUACAUUUUAAGAACUCUAAUCAAGCCAACACUAAAUGUCUCCCUUUAGAUUUCUCCUUUUUAUUUUUAAUGUUCUGGAAUAAUACUCAGUAAGUUGAAAAAUAGUGAGGUCUAGCUUGUUAUACUUGGAGUAUGUGUGAACCAACUGGUGAUAGCAAAAUUGAUAGAGUUUUGGUGCAUUUUCAUAAUAAGAAGCAUUAUUUCAGGUCAUAUAAA